GGGGCGGCGAAGCCGCUGCAAACCGCCAUGAAGCUGGCGGCCGGGGCGAUCGAGCUGGACACCGGGAACCGGCCGCGGGGCCCCCAUACGAACCUGCUGCAGGGACUGCAUCUCAGCGUCUUUCUGGUGCCUGCUGCAGGAUGCGGCAAGCUCCGAGUGCCUGGUGUAAGAAGUGACCACGUGAGGGUCUCUAGGAGCCUGGGGGGGAACGAAUCCUUAGAUUCCACAGUGCUGGUGCUGUACAGAACCCUGCGAGACCAAGGAGGCCUACGUGGAGUACCUGAAGAGCAUCAGCUACAUUUCCGAGGCCCUGCUGGAGGAAGCAGCAGCAGCGAAAGGUGGGAGCGACGCCGUGACGCCUGACACCCCAAAGAUGCUGAAGCUUGCCGAGCAGUGCUUGGAGCGAGCCAAGUCCAGCGCCGCCGUGCUCGGGAAUGUGAAGCCAGCAGCCCACGAGAGGGGCCCCAGCCCUGCUCCCAUCUCUAGGCACCGCAGGGUCUUCUCAGAUGAGGGGGGGAAGCUGUCUCCCUUCCUCCCCCCGGAGAUCUUCCAGAAACUGCAGAUCACCAAAGCUCAGGGCACUAAAAAGGAGCUCACCCCGCUGGAGGAGGCAUCGCUGCAGAACCAGAAGCUGAGAGCUGCGUACGAGGCCCGGGUGGCACGGCUGAACCCCAGCCAGGCUGUGCAGAAGACUUCCCUGACGCUGUCCCUCCAGCGGCAGAUGAUGGAGAACCUGGUGAUUGCCAAAGCCCGGGAGGAGACGCUUCAGAGGAAGAUGGAGGAGCGCAGGCUGCGGCUGCAGGAAGCUGCCAACAGGAGGUUCUCCAGCAGCAUCGCCCUCACGCCCGAGGAGCAGGAGCAGAGGGCGCUCUAUGCUGCCAUUCUGGAGUACGAGCAGGACCAUGAGUGGCCGAGGCUCUGGAAAGCCAAGCUGAAGAAGAACCCGACAGAUCUCGCUCUGGUGUCCGGUCUCAUCUCCCACCUCCUCAGCUUCCCCGAGCACCCCAUUGCCCAGCUGUUGAAGAUGCUCCAGCAUGUGAUCUACAGCAGGCUCUACCCCAUCGUGAGCCAGAACCUCGCUGACCUCAGCACUGCUUCCAGGACCUCCAGGGGCUUCUCCUCCCUCUCGCUGGAUGCUGAGGGACUGCUGACCCCAGCGCCUGGGGGCCAGAAACUCAGGUCCUCCCAGAGCCUGUACUGCAUGGCCUCCGUCCAGGAGAACAAGGUGAACUUGCGACACAGCCUGUCCACGACGCCCCUGAGCGAGGACCUGGGGACAGAGAGCAGCCCGCAGGAAGAGGCGCCUGCCCACCUGGCCAACAGAGAGAGCUCCUUUGAGGACCUGGAACGGUUCCUGGCAGCACCCGAGAGCUGGCCCACUGGCCCCCCAGUGGAGCCCCUGGCCCCAGCUGAGAAGAAGGCCUCUCUGCGGGAGCAGCUGAAAGCCAUCGUGAAGGACAUUCACAACUCAGUGGACAGGCUGCUCUCCCUGACCCUGCUGGCUUUCGAGGGCCUGAACACUGCCUCCUCCAAGGACCAGUGCCUGGCGCGCAUUGAGGAAGCCUUCUUCUCGCCUCUCUGGGCUCCCCUGCUGGCCCUCUACAGGAGGGUCUACCAGGCCCGGGAGGUGGCCCUGUCCAGGAGCAUGGAGCGCCACAGGAACAUGCCCCCUUCGGAACUAGGAGUCUCCGCUAACCUCUUCCCCCAGGGCAGCAAAGGCCAUGCAGCAGGUUCCUACCCUUACAGCACGGCGGUGCAGGAGCUGGGGCUGAUCCUGCUGGAGAGCUGCCCGCAGAGGAAGCUGGAGUGCAUUGUGCGAGCCCUUCGUGUGAUCUGUGAGUGCGCAGAGGAGUACUGCGCUGUCCAGGAGAGCCGGCCCCAGCCCGCGUCCGCGGCCAUUGGUGCCGACGACCUCUUGCCCAUCCUGUCCUACGUGGUGCUGAAGAGUAACCUCCCGCAGCUGGUGGCGGAGUGCGCGGCGCUGGAGGAGUUUAUCCACGAAGGGUACCUGAUCGGAGAGGAGGGUUACUGCCUGACCUCCCUGCAGAGCGCGCUGGCCUACGUGGAGGCCUUGCACAGAGGAGCCACGGUGAAGUAAUGGGGCUUCGCGUCCGCCUGCUGAGCAGAUGGGCCCCGCCCUGAUCACUCAAACCCCUCCUUGGCUGGGAGAUGGCGCUGACACGUCUUCCGGAGACACUACCUGGGGCCUGACUUGAAGAGAAAGGACCAGACGUUCCCCCCCUUCCCUACCCCUUUGUCCUGCCUGCUGUGAAGGGCAGGGCAUGUUCUGUGCAAUGGUUUGGGGUGGCAGUGGGUUGCUCUGCACCUGUCAUGCUAAGUGUAACCACUGUGGAGCGAGGGGAGAACGGCCCACAGGCUUCGACCAGUAACUGCUGCUGCUCGGGCCUGUCUUGAUGCUUUUUAGGAGCCUGUCUUUGCUGCUUUUGUGCAGGGCUUCCUCCAGCCUCCCCCUGGAGCACAGUGCACAGGGACGGGGGGCUGCAGGGGGCGGUUACUGCCCUGGGGUCCCAGCCCCCAACUGGGAGGGAUGGCCUGGAGGGCUCUUGGCCCGGACAGCUGCCCUUGCUUUGAGCUGAGCACAGAGUCUCCUUGGGGGCCACCAGACCUGGCCCAUUGUGUAGUCUCCGGCAGCCGCCUGACCAGGGUGAGUGGUGGCUGUUGGAGAGGGCAGGCCUGGAACAGGCCCCAGCUCUGUGGCUCCUCGUCUCGAAUGUUGCCUGGUCUUGCCCUGUGGCCACUGCAGGGUCCCUGGGCGCUGCAGCUUCCGACACGGGCGGUUUCAUCCUAUCAGGGACAUUGACCGCGUGGUGCCAGGAGCUGAUGUUGGGCGCCGGCACCAAGCAUCCUGCGGCUGAAGCGGUAGCAUCUACUCGCCCGCCCCCCGGGCUGCGCCAGCGUUUGAACUAUGUAUUUAAAGUGUGUGUGUGAGAGAGAGAGAGAGAGAGAGGUUGUGAUACCGCGUCUCAGCACCCGUCUCAUUUCAGCUGCUGACCAAGGGGCCCCAUAGGCUGCCUCUGGGGCCUGUUCUGGGUGAGUGCUGGAGUCUGAUUGGGCCAGCUAAUGCGGAGCUGGCUCUGUGCACACCGCUUGGCAGUGGAGCCAGAGGCUAGUGGGUGUCUGGGCUGGGGGGCAGCAUGUUCGUCCCCGGAGGAGCGCUGGGUGGAACCCGUGUGUUUGUUCUCCAUGACUCUGCACGGAUGCUCAGUUCUGACCAGACAGCGGUGGGGGGGCAGGGAUGUGGCACCGCUACCCCCCGGGCUGGGGAGUGCUGUGCCCGUGGGAGCUAGGGCUGCAGGGCAGCGAUUUCCCCUACCUCAGAUACUGGGUUCAUUUCAGCUGGAGCUUUAAAUGCUACUGACCAUGGGGCAAAAUCCCUGGCGGUGAAAAACUACUGGAUCUGCUGGAGUUACUUGAAAUCCUCCCUGGAGAGGGCGGCUGAGCCGGCCGCAGUGCCUGUCAACGGGGAGGUGAGUGGAGAACCUGAUGUCUCCCAGGAGCAAUGUCAGACUGUCCUGGCCAUCCCUGCCCGCUUCAGGCUCAGGGAGAUUGGAGGCAGGGUGGUGGCACUGCCCUGGGCGUGGCUGGGAGAGCUGUGAUCUUCCGGGGGGGGGGGGCCAGGCAGAGCAGAAGGGGCUUGUAUUAAUUUAGAUGGAAUAGCAGGACCCAAAGAGUCACGGGUGUUAACAAGACCCUGUUGCUGUCCAACUCUGAACAGUGCCAAACGCGAUCUGGGUUUGGUAUACAGAGACCUUGGCCUGCUUCGCACCAUGGCAAACAACCCUGAAAAUCCUUCGGCCCUUGUGUUCAAGACAAGGAAAAGCAGAUAAAGCCUUGCCCUGGGAAGUGUUGAAUAGGGGGUUCAUGUUACCAACACCCUGUUUGCUGUCCCUAUCGCUGGAGAGAUUUUAGCUGCCAGGCUCAGAGCCGGGGAGAGCUGUCCUGCUGGGGAAAGGAGUGAGCUGAGCUGGGUGCGGUUAUUCCUGUUCUGUUUCCUAAGGACAAGACAAGACGAACACACAAAAGGGGAGGGAAAGGAACAGCAAAGAGACAAUGCAACCUCUGUCUCCAGUGCUGACCUCUGAGAACCUCGCUGGUGGAAAACCACUGGCACAGCACACGGGCUGCCCAGCUCCGGCGAGACCCAGCAAAUUCCUUCCAGCGUUGGGCUGGGUGGGGCGCUGCUUUUAGCUGCCUGUGGGCCCCCAGGCUCCCAGCGCUGUGGCAGAAUAUACAGUCUUGGCCAGCUAAGCCAGGCGGGGGGAAAAGGAGAGAGAAGAAAGAAGAAAUAAGGUGGGGAAGCGAAAGGAUCCAGGGGGAGGGAGGAGAUAAAUUCUCACAUCCCAGGUGGGGGUUACCCUGGUGCUGGCAGAGGGGUUGACGUCAUCUGGGUCCCUCUCUCCAGCCCGGUCAGGAUCUCUCAGGAUUAGGCUGACGAAUGCCCGGGGUCCCAGGAGACAGGUGGUGUCAGCCAUGAUGGUGAAGCUUACUCCAGUACCUACUUUUUCUCCCCACUGUCUCUUUAAGGCCCUGCCAAGGGAGUGGUGGGCAGAAUAACUCAUCCCCUUGUUGUUUUGUCUGCGCAUUAGGCCUAGUUUCCUACACACCAGUUCUGGUUCCCUGAUUUCUGGGUGCACAGGUCUCUUGUUCACCAGGCAUGAUCUUAACACAGUCCUUGAGUUACAGCACUAGGCCUCUUGAUUAGACUUAACUCGGCCUUUCUGUCGCCAUUGCACCUUUUCCCACCAACACCUGUUCUAUGAUUGUGAGAGCUUAGAACUCCUGCACGUGUCACAGCUGAGCUCACCCGAACGGGAACAUUUGUGGGCCCAGUUAUCCCAACGGGGGCCAAUCUGCUUCACGGCAGCUCCUGGGGCCUGGAUUCCUGGGUGCUCAGGUGAGAGCAGCAGAGCCACGUGUGUGUCUUGGGGCCCGACGGUAGGACUGGCACAGCUCCAUGGGAAGAGCUGGGCCACGCUCCAGUCGGUUGGGGCCUUUGCGCCAUGCUCCGCCGUAGCAGUGGCUGAUCUGUGCUCAUCUGGCAGCUGCCCUACAUGGGAGGGCAGGGAAGAAUGGGAGCUGCCCGUCGCCCUCUUCCACGCAGUGGCAACCUCCACCCAGCAUGUUCUUUGGGCUGCCGAAAAAGAGAUUUCUUCUGGUUAGAAGCCACCCGCUCUAGCCGCUGAAGUCUUGUGUGCAGUGGGGUGUUUUCUGUCCCUGCUGCUCACCGCUCCACUCUCUCUUUCAAGGCUGCUUUGUUUUACUGUAACACCUUCCUGCAGUGGAGGGAUUGUAGCGUAAUAAACGUGGCUGCUCCCCCCGGUGUGUCUGGGCUGGUUCCUCUCGCCUGGGUUCCAGGGCACGACAUCGGGAGCUGCAGCCCCAGCUCCAUCCUGACCGUCCCUUGGGAGCUGCCCUGGAGCAGCACAGGGUGGAGUGGGCCUGGGAGGCAAAGCUCCCAUCCCCCUUUAGCUCAUGGCUGUGCUGGUCCUGUAGCUAGAGGAGGUGGCCGGCUGGCAGCCACCCCGGGUGGGGGCAGAGGAGAUGCUUGCAGCUGCCUGGAAGGGGGUUUUCUUGUUUUCUGUGGAGUUUCAAUGGUUUGCAUGCGGAGGGGGUGGGACUCAGUUUCCCUGGGUGUUACUGGUUUAACGAGGGGAGGGGAGAGGGAGUGUGUUUUGCAGAGGGCCGGAGAGAGGACGUGGGGAAGCAGCCGAUGGCCGGGAGGAUGGAUACCCCAGCGACCGGUGACCUGAUGACCCAGAGGCCCAGCUGAGGAGACGCAGCCGGUUCUGGCCAGUGGGUGGACAAUGGGCUGCAGAGUGAGGACCCAGUGACCUAACCAGCCGGUUCCAGCCAGAGGACAGAAGCAGGAGCGGAGGCCCGGGUUUACGACCAACCGUGUUUACCUGGAGAGAAGACAAUGGACAGAGGUGGGGCCUGGGGCCGGGGAUCUCAGAUGCCCAGCUGCGAGCAGUGGGGCUCUGGGCUGGAGAGGGGGAGCCGGCAGAGCCCACCUGGUGGCAGAGAGACUGGGAUGUGCUGGGCUGAGGGAGGUCAGGCCUGAGGGUCAGAGAGCUUCCUGUGCUGUGUUCAACUCUCAAUAAACCCUCCUGUUUCAUGCUG